UGGCCUUGUAGUCCGGGGAAUGACUUUCUGCACGGACCGCACGCAAGCGCUCGCCGGAAGCGUCUAGGGGGCGAACUAAGCAAAGAUGGCCGCGCUGACAGUUCCCAGGCUGUCUCGGCUCUGGCUGCAGACUGCUCGACCUCUGCCUGUUGCAGCCCUCCACACUCGUGUCUGGCAGGCGGCCACAGACGGCGACAAUGCCACCAGUGCUUUACCGAUCAGACAGAAGAGCAGCGCUGUCAGUGCAGCACAGCCAUCAGCAGUGAGCAGCAAGGGCGAGUUUGUCGUCACAAAGCUCGAUGACCUAAUGAACUGGGCAAGAAGGAGCUCCCUGUGGCCCAUGACCUUUGGGCUGGCAUGUUGUGCCGUGGAGAUGAUGCACAUGGCUGCCCCACGCUACGACAUGGAUCGGUUUGGUGUUGUUUUCCGUGCUAGCCCUAGGCAGGCAGAUGUCAUGAUUGUGGCUGGGACUCUCACCAAUAAGAUGGCACCUGCCCUAAGAAAGGUUUAUGAUCAGAUGCCAGAGCCACGUUAUGUAGUCUCCAUGGGCAGCUGUGCUAAUGGAGGAGGCUACUACCAUUACUCAUAUUCCGUAGUGCGAGGCUGUGACAGAAUUGUUCCCGUUGAUAUCUAUGUUCCAGGCUGCCCUCCUACUGCUGAAGCUCUCUUAUACGGUAUCCUGCAGCUGCAAAAGAAGAUCAAGAGAGAAAAGAAGAUCCGGACCUGGUAUCGGAAAUAAGCGUGUUGUGUUAGUUAUUUAUACGUAGAAAUGCACAGUCUGGCCUCUUUGUGCAAACACGGAUGUGCUGCUGUCAAUCUGAUCCUGUCGAUAUAUGAGCAGAUUUUGCCUCUGUCUGACUGGCUUAUCUUCCAACCUGUGCUUUAAAGAACAUUAAAAAGGACUGUAACCUUA